AACAGCGCAUCAAACAUAUAUUACAAUGCUUCCUCUCUUCCUAUCAUUUCAGUGAGCUGUGUGUUGGAAGAUGGCAUUGUGGAGGUGGCUGGAGGGGGGCUCUCACAUCUUUACACAGCUAACGUGAUUCAUUUCCACUGGGGAGGUGACAUGUGGCACCCAGGCUCAGAGCACACAGUGGAGUCAGUCAGAUACCCUAUGGAGGUCCACCUUGUAACUCUGAGGAAAGGCUGGACCCUGGAGCAGGCCAAGUCUGACCAAGAGGGGAUAGCAGUUUUUGCAUUCUUCAUAGAUGUAUCAGAAAACUCCAUGCAUGCGGAGGCCUGGCGGCACCUGACGUCCUAUCUGCUGAAUGUAACUCAGAAGGCGUCAUCCAUUGACAUAAUGCAGCCACUGUCGAUCAGUGAUCUGCUGGAUGUGGACCUCACCAAGUUCUACCGGUAUCAUGGUUCGCUCACCACCCCUGCUUGUGAAGAAGUAGUGGUAUGGACCAUAUUCAAAGAACCAAUCAAAAUACAGAGAGAGCUAGUGGAGCGGUUUCCUAAAACCCUUAAGUAUGGAAACACCUACCGGAUGGUGCAGAAACUCAAUGGCCGGCCAGUCUAUGGCUCCCAGGGGAUGUCGGUGUCCCCAGAGGGCCACGUUGGCAACGGAUAUACCUUCAGCAGUGGGGCUCUUCCCUCUGGCUUAAUACCACUGAGCAGCCUGGUAAUGUUGGGCUGGGAGUGAGGCUACACAACCAGGGAAAGGGUGGUAUGCAGGCAUAUGAGGUGGAGUAGAAGCAAGACUGAGACCGGAAGAGAAUACAUCACUGCAGUACAUGAUGCUCUAGAGAAGUCACAACAAUUUCUGUUAACAAUAAACGUUUUCUCCAAACAAACGGUGGUCUUUCAUUCUAAGCAACACUAUGGUAGUAUGAGUACCAGGCUGUUUAGCCAAUGAAACGUUUUUCAGCAAUCUCUGGGUCCAAUAUACAGCUGGAGUUUUGGCAGAGUUGCUGAAAACUUUCCACGAGGAUGCUUGGUUGUCGCAAGUGAGAGUUUUAGUUGGAUCC